AUGAUGGAAGAAGAGUCUCUCGGUCCUCCUUCUCCUCCUCCUCCUCCUCCUCCUGCUUCUUCUUCAGAGAAAGAAGAGGCGCGUGAUGGAACGACGACGACGGUGAGAGUGGUGAGCGUUUGUGUGCGAGAAGAAGAAGAAGAAGAAGAAGAAGAAGUGGAAAACGGAGAUGAUGUUGAUGAUGCCGGUGAAGAAGAUGUGAACAACGAGAACAAAAACAACGAAGAUGACAAAAGUGAAAAAAAAUGGCUCGAGAAAGCGAAAGACGGAUGGCGCACGAUGCGAGAGAAGAAGCGAGAGAAGCGAGAGGAGAUUGAGAAAAUGAUCGCAGAUGUAAGUGGCAGCGGCGCAAAGGAAGAAGAGGAGGAGGAGGAGGAGGAGGAGGAAGAUGAAGAUGAAGACGAAAAAGAAAACGAUUCCAUGAUGGUGUCGAUGAUGAAUGCUGAGAAUAAUAGUAAUAGCAAUAAAAAGAGUAGCAAUAAAAAGAGAGUCAAACUGCGAACACAAACGGCGGCGUACAAAGUGACGAGGAAAAUCAGAUCAGCGACGGAGCGAAUACGAAUGAUUGGAUCACUUUGCGAGAAAUGGGAGAGAAGAUUGUUGUCAGUAGUCGUCGGCGCUGGCGAUGAAGAGAGCGAGAACGACGACGCCGGAAACAAAACAGUUGAGCUGGAGGAGUUGGAAGACUUGUGCGUAUCUUUGGUGUCGAUAUUGAACGAAAGCGUGGGAAAGCUGCGAGCAUACGUGAAAGAGAGCAGAGAGAAAGUGUUACCAAACGGAAGCGUGGGAAAGAAAGAAGAUGAAUUAGAAAAAGUAGAGCAAAAGGAGGCCAAAGAGCAGUUACGCGAGAAGGCAGGUUUCAAAAUCAUAGCGCGCUGCCUGGAGCGUUCGGAAACUUUGGAGAAGCGCGUGAUACAGUCCAUGGCAAAAUUAAAUGCGAAAAAUAAAGAGCUCGUGCGCGUGAGAGGCGACGACUCGCGAAUUCCAUCGAGUGAAAUCAAAUCGAAGGCUGCGUUGGUCGUGGAUGCGUUUACGCUUUACCUCAAAAGCGAAGAGCAACAUUUGAAGAACGAGAACGAACGCGCGGCGAGGCUAAAAAGAGAACAGACGGUGGCAACGAAAAAAAAAGAGAACAAAACGAAAGAAGAUCCAACGCCAGUGAACUUAUCCAGCCUCGAUGCUUCGACUGAAGUGUUCAAGUGCUUGAAGUGCGAUUUAGCGUUCCAAUCGUUCGCCUCACGCAACACGCACAUGGAAGUCAAGCACUUCGACGGGGCGAAAAUGUUCUUCUGCAAUAAGUGCGAUGGCACGUAUACGAGUAGAACUUCUCUCCACAGGCACGUAAACAAACACCACUCGCAAAAGUGGGCGUGUAGAUCGUGCAACCCGAUUCGUUGCUUCAAAUCUAGGUACGAUUUGAGGAAACACGAAGAAAGUAAGCACUACGAAGAAAUGAAGAAAAGAAGACGCGAGUUGGGAGAAGAAGAAGAAGAAGAAGAGGGAGACGACGAUACGACUCCAAAGAAAAGUUCAAAAGAUAUGAAAACAGCAAAGAAGAGCAAAAAAGAGACGCUCGACGAAACGUUCUAUACGUUUGUAAACGGGUUCUUCUUAGAAAGUAGCGACGAGGACGAGGACGAAUAG